AUGGAGGGGGUGGUCAAGAAAUGGUGGGUGGUGUGUGUGUUUUUUGUAGUAUUUUUGAAAUCAGUACCAUAUGGGGCUAGAGCACAACAAGUUCCUUGCUACUUUAUUUUUGGGGAUUCUUUGGUCGAUAAUGGCAACAAUAAUCAACUUACGUCUUUGGCUAAAGCUAAUUAUUUGCCCUAUGGGAUUGACUUCCCUCGUGGACCGACCGGAAGGUUUUCCAAUGGUAGAACAACCGUCGAUGUCAUUGCUGAGCAGUUGGGCUUCCGCAACUAUAUUCCACCUUAUGCUACGACAAGGGGCCGAGCUAUACUCGGAGGAGUGAAUUAUGCAUCUGCUGCUGCUGGCAUUAGAGAAGAAACCGGCCAGCAACUCGGAGAUCGAAUUAGUUUUAGUGGACAAGUACGAAACUACCAAAAUACGGUCUCACAAAUUGUGAACAUACUGGGGGAUCAGGGCGCAGCAGCAAAUUAUCUAAGCAAGUGCAUUUUCUCAAUUGGGUUAGGCAGCAAUGACUACCUUAACAAUUAUUUCAUGCCUCAGUUUUACUCAUCUAGCCGGCAAUAUACCCCAGAGCAGUUUGCUAAUGUUCUUAUCCAACAAUAUACUCAACAAUUAAGGAUUUUGUACAACUAUGGAGCCAGAAAGUUAGUGUUGAUUGGAGUGGGUCAAGUAGGCUGCAGCCCAAGUGAAUUGGCCCAAAAUAGUCCUGAUGGGAGAACAUGUGUUCAGAGAAUUAAUUCUGCCAACCAGAUUUUCAAUAACAAGCUCAGAUCUCUUGUUGCUCAAUUCAACGGGAAUACUCCUGCUGCAAAAUUAGUCUACAUCAAUGCUUAUGGAAUUUUUCAAGAUAUACUAAACAGACCUGCGGCUUUUGGUUUUACGGUUACAAAUGCUGGAUGUUGUGGUGUUGGGAGGAACAACGGACAAAUUACAUGUCUACCUUUACAAACUCCAUGCCGGAACCGAAACCAAUUUCUGUUUUGGGAUGCAUUUCACCCGACUGAGGCUGCAAAUACAAUUAUUGGAAGGAGAUCUUACAGUGCACAAUCGCCAUCGGAUGUUUACCCGUAUGACAUCCGCCGGCUGGCUCAGCUAUGA